CAGACACUCCUGAUGGCAAAACAUUGCAGUCGUGCCCACUGAAGCAAGUGCACUUUGGAUGGGGCGGAGUCAGAUGUAGGAGGGGCUGGAUGGCAGAGUAUUAUCUCUAUAACUAAGGUGUCCACUCUGAAUAGUUUGAGUAUUGCUUGAAAAAUGCAACUUGGUAGAAGUGCGACUGCCCACAUCAGCGAGGAAGCCUUGCUAUUGCCCGAACUGAAGCAAGUUCUUCAGGACCUGGAGAGUCUACGACAACAGCAAAUCUCUGAGCUGGAACGAGUGGCAAAGUCAUUUCAAAGAGCUUUAUUAGGAGCACAACGGCAGAAGCAAUACUUGUUGAACCGGGUAGAGCAUGAGCACCGUGAGACAAAGCGCAGGCUGGGGCAGCUGCAGAAGGACAAUGAAAGGGUCCUGCAGCUCAGUUUGGCUCAGAUUGAUGAGAAACUGCAGUGCAUCUCCCAGCUAAAUGGAGAGAUGAAGCAAAAUCUAGAUAGAACGUGUGAAAAGAGUUUAAAAGAGAAACUAGAAGAGCUGCUGCCACGCAAUGUGACCUUGAACUUGAAGCGUGUGAGUUUCCAUCCUCAUCCUGACCCUGUUCUGGUCUUUGGGGAAAUCAAAAUCCAAACAGAAACCUUACACCUCUCCAUACCAACUGUUGGAGGACUACAAAAAAAGAAGAGAGACUUUUCAAAUCCUAAAGAGAUCCCUGAGGAAAUGAAUCAGACAGGGACCCUUGGUGACCCUCAAGGAAAUAAAUGUAUAUGGAAAAGCACAGAUGAGGAAUGCAGUGCUCUGGAAAUGGGAAAAGGUGUAAGUGAAAUGCUAGGUAGACAAGUUUCAGGUGAAAGUGAUGAUCUCAAAGAAUCUCGCUCUAGGGUCACACGAGUUGUGAGGAAGAUCAAAUUGUCUCCAAGAGGUGAUGCAGGAGAAACACAGCUUACGAUGCCAACACAGGAAAGUCAAGAUCAUUUUCAGGAUACACAGGAAACAACUGGCACUGCUCAUGUCAAUGGUCUCCCAGUGAAUACUCCACCUUUAAUGGGUUUGGACUGUAAAGUAGAGGGCAAUGGCCCAUUGAGAAAGGUGGGAGGUUUUAGCCAAAUGAAAGUGGACAGGGGGACUCUAAAGUAUUCCCAUUUGUCCAAUGAGCCUCAGCUUGACAACGUGCAGCCUAAAGGAUAUUCCACUACUGUGCAAAAUGGGAUUAAAGAUGACAAGACAGAUGAGAAUGUCCUAAGUAGUAACAGUUGCCUCGGACUGGAUUCAGACUUAUUUCAGGCCAUUCCAGCUUUUCUGAGUGAUGGAGAAUCAGAGCAGGAAUUUGAGGAAGAGGGAGACAUGAACAUAACAUCAUCUAACAUAACAAAGGAUGAGGACUCUCCUUUUUCUUUUCGAGAUUUAGCCAUUUUAUCAAGCCGUCUGCCAUCUGGUCGACAGGCUAAGCCUCCAGUUCAUCCUGUCCACUGGAGGUCUGUAGAAUCUGUUAUCAGUCCUAAUUUCCAGAGAACAGGGAGCUUGGCUGAGAUAGGCAAUAACAUUGAGAAGACUGCUCAACAGGCAAUGAUCGGCCCAGAAAAGAAAAACAUCAGGGUAGCGUCAUCCACAAAUUCACAGAAAGAUGGAAGUUCUGUGAAUUCUGAGGCAGAGAACAGAUCUAGUUUCAAAGAUGCAGGUUCCACCAAGGUAAAAGGGUGGCCUACAGGAAAGCAGUCUACUUCCAUGAAUGUCCAAGCCGCUCCAAUCAGUAAGAGCUGUUUAGACCUGUCCCUAGGUCACAUAUCGACAUUUAAUACUUUCAAUAACUCCGAUAACUCUGAGAACCCAGCAGGAGAAACCCCAGAAAGAUUCAUCAGGGUGCCAUCCCCUACUGACAGUAUUGAUUCAUCCUACACUUUCAUUGUCAGUUCUCCCAGGGAUUACAAUAGCAUUUCAUGUCACGCAGUAACAGGACAUCGUCUGUCCAAAUCAACAGUUGACCUUUCUAGAAGAGGUCCACCUCUAAUAGAGACCAGAGAUCAUGAACAAAGAAGGAAAGAAAGUGGGAAGGAAGUGAAAAGAGGAUGCAAAGUAGAUUUAGCUGUGAGGAAGUUCACCAAGAAGCAUGUGUCAGGUCAAAGACUGAAUGUGCACACUUCUCAGGGUGAACUGUCAGAUAAGCGUUCAUCUCGAGCGCCGUUCAAAAGCAGCUGUCAUGUUUACCGAAGCCCUCAUCGAUCUUUUUCCAGAUCAGUCUCCAUGUCAGCAAUUGAAGUUCGGCCAAAAUAUGAAAAUGGAUCUGUGAAGAUCCGUACAUCCCACGCAGUCAGGGGAAAGCCAUGGUUGUCAAGAACAAAAACAAAGGACACAAGUGCACAUGUGGAGAAGGACAUAAAGGAGGAAACUAGCAAAAGAAAUAUGGAAGACCAAGGAGUUUUGAUUAUGCAGUUUGGAAAACUCGGUUCAGGUCGUGCUGAGCUGAGUCUUCCAAGUGGGCUGCAUGCAACAUCACAAGGACAGCUUUACCUAGUCGACUGUGGUAAUUCACGAGUACAGGUGACAGACGCACGAGGUAAUGUCCUCCAGCAGAUAACAGUCCAGAAGAAUGAAGCAUUGCCUAACCGUGACCGCAACUACCGGAAUUAUUUUGACGUUGCUGUUAACAGAAAAGGUCUGGUCGCCCUAAGCUGUGCAGCAGAGCGAAUGCUGCUGAUAUUUAACAGACAUGGCCGCCUUCUUCAGGCCUUUGGAGGAGGACGGGAUGACUUGGAUUCCCCAAGGGGAGUUGCUGUCAAUUAUCAUGAUGAUUUUAUAGUAGCCGACAUGCGACGUGGCACUCUCACUGCUCUUCGGCUAGAAACUAGUACAGGGCGCAGGCUGGACCGUACUGUAGUCCCUGGUUUCAAUAAGCCUUACCUAGUGGGUAGCAAUCUGACCUCAGGCCUAAUAGCUGUGACAGAAAGGGGAAAAGAGGAUGAAGGUGGGGCCUGUGUCAAAGUGCUGGGACCUGACUGGAAUACCAUCAGGGUCCUGGGCCUCAAUGCAAAUGUUGGACCUGUGCUGUCUUGUCCUUGGGGUGUGUGCAUAGAUAUGGAAGGUAACGUUCUGGUGGCAGACUGGAGUAAGGAACACACAGUCCUGAUUUAUCCUCCUCAAGGAAAAGGUCGACCAUUGAUAACUCAGGGACUGAGUAGCCCCAGAGGCCUUGCUCUGUUGCCAGAUGGACAACUUGUGGUAGCUGACAGCAUGCAUAAUUGUAUUAAAAUAUUUCAGUACAAUUAAAAAAAAAUACUAAGGUGUACAGUAUUAUAUCAUUUUCACAGAAUAGUGUGAUUGUUCCAAAUAAAAAAAUGAAGGUGU